AUUUACAGAAGACAGAAAACAUGGCUGCGGACAUGAGAUUACCAACUUUUCGGAAACAAGUAACGUUGUCACCCUCUCUGUCUGCUUUGGAUGGAAAAGAUCUAGUUGUGCCCGGUGAUGUGAUUACAUCAGAUACAGGGUUUAUGAGGGGUCAUGGGACUUACAUGGAUGAAGAAAAACUAACAGCCUCUGUGGCAGGAGAGGUGGAGAGGGUGAAUAAGCUCAUCUGUGUACGGCCGCUCAGGACCAGGUUCAAUGGGGAGGUUGGAGAUGUGGUGGUCGGAAGGAUCACAGAGGUGCAACAGAAGCGCUGGAAGUUGGAGACCAACUCCAGACUGGACUCUGUGUUGUUGCUGUCCUCUGUCAAUCUGCCCGGAGGAGAGCUGAGGAGACGGUCAGCAGAAGAUGAGCUCACCAUGAGAGACUACCUUCAGGAGGGGGACCUCAUCAGUGCAGAGGUACAGUCUGUUUUCUCGGAUGGAGCACUCUCUCUUCACACCCGCAGUUUAAAGUACGGAAAGCUGGGGCAAGGAGUUCUUGUGCAGCUAUCUCCCUCUCUCAUCAAGAGACAGAAAACCCACUUCCACAACCUGCCGUGUGGGGCCUCCAUCAUCCUGGGCAACAAUGGCUUUGUGUGGCUGUACCCCGCCCCAGGACAGCAGGAUGAGGAGGCUGGAGGAUACUACACCAGUCUGGAGCCUGUCUCUCUCUCUGAUCGGGAGGUGAUCUCGCGGUUAAGGAACUGCUUGCUGGCCUUGGGGGCACACAAGGUGCUGCUGUAUGACACCAGUGUGCUCUACUGUUACGAGUCAUCACUCCCACACCAGAUCAAGGAUAUCUUAAAACCGGAGGUGAUGGAGGAGAUUGUGAUGGUGACACGUCAGAAACUGGUGGAACAGGAGGGUUAGAGUAUCAGAUGCAACCUUUCUGUGACAUUGUCGCAAUGGAAGGUUUGUGUUCCCUGCAUUCCAAGUCUAGGAACCAAGGCCUUAACUGUGUUAGGGACUGAACCCCCGCCCAAGGUCUGAACUGUGUUAGGGACUGAACCCCCGCCCAAGGCCUUAACUGUGUUAGGGACUGAACCCCCGCCCAAGGCCUUAACUGUGUUAGGGACUGAACCCCCGCCCAAGGUCUGAACUCUCAACCAGAAGAUACCUGGGUCGUUCCACGAAAAGCGCCUUUAGCCCUUUGAUAAUUUAAGUAGAAAUUGUACACCAAUAUUGAAUUUGAAUUGUUAUAUUAAAUGAAGUGCUCUUUAAUAAAGACCACAUGGAGCA